AUGGGUCCUUACACAGAAAACGUUGAUUCAUUUAUGCUGAAGCAAGUUAAAGAGGAGAAUAAGAAAAUAAUUGAGAACUACACUUCAGAAAGGACGCUGAGGAAGAAGUACUACAAUAUGGUGGAAGACAUGAAAGGUAAAAUCAGAGUGUUCUGUCGGAUUCGACCAGUGAGCCGAACUGAAGUUGCACAGGAUCAGGAUGAAGCCAUCGUUGUUAAGAAAAUCGAUGAUUUCUCUGUCACUGUUGAAACUUCUCGUGGGCAGAGAGAGUUUCAGUUUGACAAGGUGUUCAGUGCUGCAGCUUCUCAGGAAGACCUGUUUCACGACACCCACAGGCUCAUCCAGUCGGCUCUUGAUGGUUACAAUGUCUGUAUCUUUGCGUAUGGCCAGACGGGCUCAGGGAAGACCUUCACCAUGGUAGGGGACAAGGAGCAGAAGAACCUGGGGAUCAUGCCAAGAUCUUUUAAUGCUAUAUUUGAUUUCAUUCAAGAGAACAGCUCCAAAUUUGACUUCAAGGUUUCUGCCUACAUGCUGGAGCUGUACAACGACAGACUGCAGGACCUCUUUGUGAGCCCGGCUGGAGAGGCCCAUGCUCAGGCCCAGUCCCACGGCCAGGCCAGGCGGGUGGAGAUCAAGAGGAACAAAAAGGGGGUUGUGUUCGCACAAGGAGCAGAGACAAAGGAGGCUUCCAGCGCUCAGGAGCUCUAUGCUCUGUUCCAGCAGGCCUGCGCCAACCGACACAUCUCCGCCACCAGUGAGUCCUCUGUACCGUGCCAUGGUGCCCAGUUCAUACUGGGCCCUGCUAAAUGGUUUGGAUUAAUCCUGUUACUCACAGUCAGUGUGAGGGGGCGGCAGUAGGUACAUCAUUACGGAGAGUUGCCAAUAUGUGAAUUAGCGCAGGGGAUAAAGAGGAGCAACAUUGUUUUCUAGAUGCUUUCAAGUCAUCAGAGCUACAGGAUGAACUUAAAGUUUGGAGCCUCUAAAAUAAAGAACCACUUAAACUAAAUACCAGUACAGUCUAUUGAUGCUGG